AUGUCGUCACCGUAUCCGCCGCCGACAGCUGCCGUGACGGACAACUCGCGAGACGGGGCAUUUCUCGAGAAGGACUUGGCACUCCUGAUGGCAGCACUGCGGCUCAACAACAGCAAUGACUGGGCGGGAAAGCCGCAGCAGGAGACAUUCCGCGUGUACAAGACGGUGCCGCCUGUGGUUACGGACCAGCCUUCCUCCUGCAGCGUGGAUGUGGGUGACGCCGCAGCACGAGAUUCAUCGCCGCACGACCCUGAUAAAAGCGAUGCCAGCAGUGACUCUUUAAACGCUCUCAUGACUGACUACGUGUAUGCGGUGCGCGCCUUGCGUGCCUUUGAUGCACGAAUGGUAGCCGACGGCAUCCGUGAGAGCGCCACUGCAGAGACAGGUCACACGGGAGGUGGAGUGGCGGACGCGAAGGAGGAGGCAACGACACCUUGCAAGGCAGCCGCCGAUGGUGGCAGCUCCUCGGCAGCUAACACCAAGCGCUCUGAAGUGGCGGCACCGGUUGAGAUGGCAGAGUUGCUAGCGGCGCUGGAUCUUCUGCCAUCUCUAACGAUAGAUGAGCAAGGAGAACAGAGCUGA